GAUUCAGACCUUUGUGUGUAUUUAUUUAUUUAAUAUUUCAGUUGCGUGCGUGCCUAAGAGGUGACGGGUGUUUUGGAAGUCCGCCUGCAAUCGGAAUCAGAAUAGUAAGACUGGUGUCGCGUUCCUUUUGAGUUAUGAUUGGCCAUAGAAUUGCCUAUUUAAAUAUUUGGCUAUUCCUUCUCAAGCUCAACAAGUUAUUCCGGUUGGAACAGUUCUUCGUGGAUAUAAUUCAUUCAAGUGCACUUAAUUUCCUUGCAUGGUUUGAUUAAUCAAGAUUCGUUAAAAACAUGUAAAUGAAACGAAGGUUUUGUUCAUCGUAAAUUAAUAGGAUGGGCUCCAAAGAUGUCGCUGUAACGGUCCAAGGAUGUCAUUGGGAGUGACUGGAGAAGUGGAAGAGGAGGGGAAACGCGUCUGAAAUAGCAGAACAUUUAUCCGGGCGGAUUUGCAGACGUCACAUAUUCUGCACUUGCCCAGGUAGCCAACCACCCAAAACUACCACCUCUCAUCCACUGUCAAGAUGAACUCUUACAGAAUACUACCAUGUGUCGAUGAGAGCAAGAAGGAGACAUAUCCUUGACAACCAGAGAGGGAGGGUCAAAGAGCGACCUGCGUCAUUAUCCCUGAGAGAGAGACCAGGAAUUAGGUGCCAAUAUGCCUGUUGUGGAAACGCUGAGGACGGCAGUAGAAAGGAGAAGGUGGGCCUCAGGCCAGGAGAACAAGGGAGGAUGGAGAGUUCUCCAUGAAGAAAAGCGAGCUGGGGAAAGGAGGAGAUAAGAGAAAGCACUGCCAGCAUAUUUUUGGAGUGACAAAUCUAUUGUUUUUACAUGGCAAACACCCAGAGGUGGGGUUAGGAUGCACAGAUCAGUGGAGAGGAGACAGAUCACUACAAUCUCCAUUGGAGAUUAUAAAAACUUGAGGUCAACUAUUUAAUCACCACCAUUCUCUUUCCCCUGACUGUCUUAGCUAGUAGCCUGUUAUUAGGCUCCUAGUUGAACAUUGACAGGACAUAUUGUCCCGUUUUGACAAUCUGUUUCCAGCGUGAGAGUGACAGAUUAUAUUGAUCUCCCUUUGUCCCCCUUCUCCCUGGUUAGGGGAUGGAUGGGGUGGCGGGAGGUGUUGGGCCCCCUGGCGGGGGUGAGGGUCGGCCGGGUCGUAGUGGAGGAGACUCUAAAAGGCGCAGUAAGGGCAGCCUGCCCUCCCCAGGGUACCGCCUCUCCCAGGCAUCGCUGGAGGGUGACAGGUCAGGGGUCGAGGGUUCCGGUUCCGGAGGGGGGCGACGGCGCCUCUCCAUCUUGAGUGCCACCAGAGACGUCCUCCCCUUCCAUUCAGCUGGCACUCCGACCACCCCUGUCCCCCUGCCCCCUCCUCCAGCCCCCUUCUCCUCCGCCCAGCAGCGUUCUGUUGGCUUUUCCUCGUCACGCGCCGCCCUUGCCUCCACUUCCUCCUCCACCGGCACCGGAGUGGUCGUCGUAGCGUUGGGCCCGGAAACCACGACAACCACGGCUUGUAACACCGUGGCGGGCACGCCGGAGAUGGGGAGUCUGUCUGGGACAGGGGGCAUGGGGGGGUUUGGGAUGGGUCUAGACGGGGAGGACUACAGCUACUCCAACCAGUCCACCUUCAUCCAGAGACAGUUUGGAGCCAUGCUGCAGCCGGGGGUCAACAAGUUCAGCCUGCGCAUGUUUGGGUCCCACAAGGCCGUGGCCAUGGAGCAGGAGAGACUCAAAUCAGCAGGGGAGUGGAUCAUACACCCCUACAGCGACUUCAGGUUCUACUGGGAUCUGAUCAUGUUGUGUUUGAUGAUGGGGAACCUGAUCAUCCUGCCAGUAGGAAUCACCUUCUUUAAGGAUGAGAACACUCCUCCCUGGAUCAUCUUCAACGUGGUCUCUGAUACUCUCUUCCUGGUUGACCUGGUCCUCAACUUCAGGACCGGUAUCGUCAAGGAGGACAGCACUGAGAUACUGCUAGACCCCAAGGCUAUCCGUCAGCGCUACCUAAAGAGCUGGUUUGCGGUGGACUUUGUGUCGUCCAUCCCUGUGGACUACAUCUUCCUGAUGGUGGACUUGGAGGCCCGGCUGGACUCAGAGGUUUACAGGACGGCCAGGGCCCUCCGCAUCGUACGCUUCACCAAGAUCCUCAGCCUGCUACGCCUGCUGCGCCUGUCACGACUCAUACGCUACAUCCACCAGUGGGAGGAGAUCUUCCAUAUGACCUAUGACCUGGCUAGUGCCAUGGUGAGGAUAGUCAACCUGAUAGGCAUGAUGCUGCUGCUGUGCCACUGGGACGGAUGUCUACAGUUCCUGGUUCCCAUGCUGCAGGACUUCCCCCUGGACUGCUGGGUCUCCAAGAAUAACAUGGUGAAUGAUACGUGGGGGAUCCAGUACUCCUAUGCACUUUUCAAGGCGAUGAGCCACAUGUUGUGUAUUGGCUACGGUGCCCAGGCUCCAGAGGGCAUGACAGACGUGUGGCUCACCAUGCUCAGUAUGAUCAUUGGUGCCACCUGCUAUGCCAUGUUCAUCGGCCAUGCCACCGCUCUCAUACAGUCCCUGGACUCCUCAAGACGACAGUACCAGGAGAAAUAUAAGCAGGUGGAGCAGUACAUGUCGUUCCAUAAGCUCCCUGCAGAUGUCCGUCAGAGGAUUCAUGAGUACUACGAGCAUCGCUUCCAGGGCAAGAUGUUUGACGAGGAGAACAUACUGGGUGAACUCAGCGAACCACUAAAGGAGGCGAUAGUUAGCUUUAACUGCCGUAGCCUGGUGGCUCACAUGCCGCUGUUUGCUAACGCGGACCCUAACUUUGUGACGGCAGUGCUGACCAAGCUUCGCUUCGAGGUGUUUCAGCCCAAUGACUUCAUCAUCCGUGAGGGCACGGUGGGACGCAAGAUGUACUUCAUUCAACACGGACGAGUCGGCAUACUCACCCGCGGAAACAAGGAGACCAAACUCAGUGACGGGUCCUACUUUGGGGAGAUCUGUCUGUUGACUCGGGGCCGGAGGACGGCGAGCGUCAGAGCAGAUACAUACUGUCGUCUCUACUCCCUCAGUGUGGACAGCUUCAACGAGGUCCUGGAGGAACACCCUAUGAUGAGGCGGGCCUUCGAGACGGUGGCCGUCGACCGGUUGGACCGCAUCGGUAGGAAGAACUCUAUCCUGAUGAGGAAGCCGUCCCAGGCGGGUUCCAUGGCGGGGGGCAGCGGUUUGGGGCGUGGGGGUCGAGGAGGAGGGGGGGCAGGGCUAGGCAUGGGGGGGCUGGGCUCCUGUGACAGCAUGCUGGUUCAGCAGAUCGUUAAACACGACAGCAUGCCAGCCAUGCAGGAGGCCAUCGCUGCUGCCGCUGCAGGAAGGGGAGGGGCCACGGGAGGAAGUGGUACGGUCUCCCCUAGGCCCCACCCACUGAUCUGGGCUCCACUGAUCCACGCUCCGCUCCAGACGGCGGCCGCUACGACUAACGUGGCCAUCGCCCUCAUGCACCAGCAGCAGCAGCAACAGCAGCUUCAACAUCAGCUACAGCAGCAACAUGCGCUAGGAGGCGCUAUAUUCCUCCCCUCCAUCUCUCCAUCGUCCUCCGUCUCCUUCCCCCUCUCCCCCCCGCGGCCCCCUGUCCUGCAGCCCCUGCGCCCCUCUGUGAGUUCCCUCAUUGGGAUGAUGGGGGUAGGAGGGAUGGGGGGGCUGUCCCCUAGAGGGGGGUUUCCUGCCUUCCCCUCCCCCUCGCCCUUCCCCAUGGCCCCCCCGGGAGGUGUGAUAUCACCCCCUGUUACUCAAACCCCACCCACACCGGCCUCCUCUGUCUCCACGUCGGUCCAAUUAGGAAAGACCCUGCACUACAGUCUCCGCCUCCACCCGGAACACUCUUCAGUGAUGGGUGGAACCCCAGGAAUCCCCAAGGUAGGAGGGGCCACCACACCCCAUCUGUUCUACCACGUGAAUCCAACUGCAGCCACCAGUGUCAUGUCAGACACUUGCAGUUCCAUGGCUGGCCAGCAUGGAGCCAAGGAGGCGCUAUUGCGUCAUGGAGGCAGCAGCAACCAGGGCCUGCCUGCACUUGGGAGGCUCACCCAGGAGGCCAGGCUCCUCUCUGCCUCGCAGCCCACCCUGCCUCAUCGAUCCUGGGCAAGCAUGCAGCCUCACCCCCCUCUCCAGCGGAAGGCCUCUGGAGGUAACCUGCUGCCAGCCUCGUUCCUGGCUGGGACGCAGCUAGCCAGGGGUGGCAGUGUGGGGGUGUUGACUACUCCCCUACCAGUACAAGUCCCAGCACAACGGUUACAGAUGCCCCCCUUCAAUGCACAGAUACAAGCACAUAACCUGGGCUCUAUACAGCCCCUCCCUGAUCCUGCCUCUACACACUGCCCUGCACACACACACACAGCCACACACACACAUCCUGUCGCUGUACCUGCAUCCACACCCACAUCAGCUUCUCCCCUGGCCUCCUACACUUCCUCCCCCAAACAAACCCCCCUCUCCUCUGCCACCCCCUCCCCUGCUCCAGCUCCUUUCUCCCUCAUCCCAGCCCUGCCACUAACCCCUCGCCCCAAACUCACCCCUACACCCCCAUCUCGCUCCUCCUCUCCUCCCCCCUGCUCCAUCCCUCCCUCUGCCGGAACUACUCCACUCACCUCAACCCCUCGCCCCAAACUCACCCCUACACCCCCAUCUCGCUCCUCCUCUCCUCCCCCCUGCUCCAUCCCUCCCUCUGCCGUAACUACUCCACUCACCUCAACCCCUCGCCCCAAACCCACCCCUACACCCCCAUCUCGCUCCUCCUCUCCUCCCCCCUGCUCCAUCCCUCCCUCUGCCGUAACUACUCCACUCACCUCAACCCCUCGCCCCAAACUCACCCCUACACCCCCAUCUCGCUCCUCCUCUCCUCCCCCCUGCUCCAUCCCUCCCUCUGCCGGAACUACUCCACUCACCUCAACCCCUCGCCCCAAACCCACCCCUACACCCCCAUCUCGCUCCUCCUCUCCUCCCCCCUGCUCCAUCCCUCCCUCUGCCGGAACUACUCCACUCACCUCAACCCCUCGCCCCAAACCCACCUCUACACCCCCAUCUCGCUCCUCCUCUCCUCCCCCCUGCUCCAUCCCUCCCUCUGCCGGAACUACUCCACUCACCUCAACCCCUCGCCCAACCCCUCGCCCCAUACCCACCCCUACACCCCCAUCUCGCUCCUCCUCUCCUCCCCCCCGCUCCAUCCCUCCCUCUAGCCCCCUAAUCAAGUCCUCCCCUACACCCCCCUCCCCUUACCCUCUAUCUGGGCCCACCCCUACCCCCUCUAAAGCCUUUACCCCUAUCCAGACUCAGCCAAACCCUAACUGCAACCCCUACCCCAGCCUCCACUCCCACCCCAGCCCCCACCCCAGCCUCCACUCCCACCCCAGCCCCCACCCCAGCCUCCACUCCCACCCCAGCCUCCACUCCCAACCCAGCCUCAACUCCCACCCCAGCCUCCACUCCCACCCUAGCUCCAACCUCAACCUUGAUUCCCACCCCUUCUUCCAGUAA